AAAACAACAACAUCAACAACAAAACUCUUUAAAAAGCAAGAAAACUUUCACUAGUAGUUGAAGAAUUUCUCUCUUCCUCUACUUAUUAUUAUUAUCAACUGGUGAUUUGAUUUCUCUCUCUCUCUCUCACAAUGGAUUCAUUAGGAUCAAGAAGAAGGACACAUAAUAGCCGUAGGGUUCCUUCAAUGGGAAUAGAAGGGGACGAAGAGUUUCAAGAAGAAGAUGUGUGGUCAGUUUUACGAGAAGGAGAAACUUCAAGUCCUGAAAUGAAAAUACCCAAAAGUCAUUUCUCUUCCUCAUCAUCUUCUUCCUCUUCACCAUGGAACAUUCGUAGAAGCAAGGAGGUCUCAGGAGUGAAACAAUCAUCAGCACCUAUGAAUGUCCCUGAUUGGUCCAAGGUUUAUGGUGACUCAAAGAGCAACAGAAGGAGUAGCCAUUUGCAUUCUCAUGCUGCUGACGAUGAUGAUGAAGAUGAUGAUGGUUGCAUGGUUCCUCCACAUGAAUGGGUUGCAAGAAAGCUAGCAAGAACACAGAUCUCUUCUUUCUCUAUGUGUGAAGGAGUUGGAAGAACACUUAAAGGAAGAGAUCUAAGCAAAGUGAGAAAUGCUGUCUUGUCAAAAACUGGUUUCUUGGAGUAAGUAGGAUAAAAUAUCUCAUCAUCAUCAUCACCAUAAUUAUCAUCCAUGUGCAUGGAAUAUGAAUCCCAUAACUCUUGUUUAACAUUAUCAUCAUGAAAAACUCAACUUUAUGGUAUCCACAUCAUCAUCAUUAUCAAUGUCAUUGUCGUCAUCAUCAUGUGGGGAUCACUAUACCAAGAGUCUUUUUGUUAAGUUUUUUUUUUCUUUAUUGUUGUUAUUAUUUUUCAAUGUGUUAUUUAGAGUAGAUAAGUAUCAUAGUGAUGAUGAUGACUUGUCAGCCCCAUGCAUGGGUCCCGUUUUAUGUUCUUCUGUUGUUUUUGGUUUCUCUUUGAAGGUUUUUUUAUGAUCUUAAAUUAGAGCCUAGAGAGGGGCAUCUCCUUUAGAACCUUUAAUUGGAGUUGAGUUCUUUACCAUGUUUUGGUGAAAGAUUUUGUCGUUUGCUAUCGACAAUGUUAUAUAUAAAUUAGAUAUCUUUCUUUCUUUGUU